CAUCUCUAGGAAGUGUGGUAAAAAGGAAAAGAAAAAAGUUAGAACUGUUCUGUGAACAGCAGAGAGCUCAGAGUAGAGUAGUGGGCAAGGCUACGGAAAAUAUUCAGAGGACUAGACAGGCAAUAUAGGCUUUAAAGCGAAUGUUAACCUGCGUGAGUCACUCUUAACUACAGGUUGUCUCUACUGGAUCUGACUGCUGAAGGUGUGCUACUGACCUUAAGCUGAAGUUUGCGCACCUGAGAGGAUCUUUGACAGAGUAGUUCAGCUCUACCUGCGGCUCGAUAAUAAUAAGCACAAAAAGAGGGUUAACGCACGAAAAAAAUCUAUAUUCUUACUGACAACAGGCUUUCUGUAAGAUGUUUUAGGGUAGUUUAGAGGAGCAUAAUUGCACUGUUUUUGCCAACUCUUCUGGAUAUCCCAAAUUAACAGCUUUUCGAGUCAGAGGAUUUUUUUUUCUGUUGGUGCCUUUUUACUGCGGGGAUUUAAAAAAAAAAAAAAAAAAAAACUUUCAGAGCACAACCAGUCUACUGAAAUCUUCCUCUUUCCUGGAUCAUGUACCAGGACUACUCCGGGAACUACGACACCUCGUCCCGCGGCAGCAGCACCUCUCCGGCCCAGCCAGAGUCCUUCACAAGCGGCAGCAGCACGAUCGGGAGUCCGAUCUCUACCUCAAACUACCAGAAGUACAGGGUUGACAUGCCCGGUUCCAACAGUGCCUUCAUCCCCACAAUCAAUGCAAUCACGACCAGCCAAGACCUUCAGUGGAUGGUGCAGCCCACUGUCAUCACCUCCAUGUCCAACCCUUACUCCCGCUCCCACCCAUACGGCCAUCACCUGACCAAUGGGCCGGGGCUGCUGGGCCACAACUCGCUGGCUCGGCCCGGGGUCAUCCGCUCCAUUGGAGACGCCAGGGGCCGACGCAAGAGGGACGAACAGCUCACCCCAGAGGAAGAGGAGAAAAGGCGGGUGAGGCGUGAGAGGAAUAAGUUAGCCGCGGCCAAGUGCCGCAACCGCAGGCGGGAGCUCACCGAGAUGCUGCAAGGGGAGACAGAGAAGCUGGAGGAGGAGAAAGCAGACCUGCAGAAGGAGAUCGAGAGCCUGCAGAAAGAGAAAGACAAGCUGGAGUUCAUGCUGGUUGCCCACAAUCCCGUGUGCAAGCUGCCUAUGGAGGACCGCCACCAGCCAUCAGCGCACCAGCAGCAGCAGUGCGCUCCGCUCCCGCUGACCAUGCGCCCCAACAUGGGCACGCGGGCUCAGAUGAACCAGGUGGUGGUGAAGCAGGAGCCGGAGGACAUGGAGGAGAAUGUGGGCAAAUCUCAGCGCUCCGUCAUCAAGCCCAUUUGCCUGGGUGGCGGCAGUGUAAGCGGUGGGAUGUACUGCCCAGAUGGAGACAGCCUGAACACGCCGGUGGUGGCGGCGUCCACCCCGGCUGCCACGCCAAACGCCCCGAGCCUCAUAUUCACCUACCCCAACAUGCUGGAGCCCGACAGCCCCUCGCCCUCCUCCGAGUCGUGCUCCAAGGCCCACCGGCGCAGCAGCAGCAGCGGCGACCAGUCCUCAGACUCCCUCAACUCACCAACACUCCUGGCCCUCUGAGCGAGGCCUCGGCUCGGCGGGGCUGAGAAACAAACACUGUGGUUGACAGCGAACACGAGGAUCGACUGCACCUCCACCCCUCCACCAACUCCCCCCUCACCCUCCCCUUCCAGUGUCUUUAAAGACCCAAGAGCACAUUUAAAAGUCCAGACCAAGCUGACCAUGUGAGCCGUUUCCCCUCCAGAGGGAGACCCACAAGGGCUACGCCGCGUGUUUCUUCUCGUUCCGCUUCAGUGUAAAAAAUUUUUUAUUUGUCAAAGUGUGUGCACCAAACCCCAGAAAGCAUCACCCUUUCGCCAUUUCAACUCCAGAGUGUCAACUUGUUUACUGAGCAGACGAUUCUGAAGAGAGACAUGCCUGAAUCUGGCAAUUGUGAGUUGAUGUGACUACAACCGGAGAGCGAGCUCUUAAUAUAUUUUUUGAAAAAUGUUUAAAAAGCCAUGCGGCCGACACUUGCACUCUGCCAAGACCAAUCAAUAAAUAAAUCACUAAACGAGGUCAGGAUUCUACUGGAAUUUGGAGGAGAGAAAGAGACAAUGAGCAAAGACCUCCUCUUAUCUUUUUUCCGUUUAGAUUUGUCCUUUCGUAACUUGGAACUUGAUUCAGGAUAGCUCCUAAGAGUGUGUACACAUUUCUGAUGUUAUUUCCAUCUCUUUAAUUGUAUUUAUGGCCUGUGCUGAUUAAAUUUUACAGUGUUUUGUUGAGACACUGUCCUCUCCUUUAAUCUGCCUGUAGAAAAGCAACGUGGCCAUCCGCAGGGUGACCGAAGCACUCCUCAGUGUUGCAAAGGAUACGAGCCAACUUUCAAUCGAUGACUAGCUCCUUAAUACUCUAUACUUUCUAUUUUGCCAUAGUGGCUUGACUUUACAGUAGUAUUGGUGUGCUUUUCCUCAGUGAUUCUGUACCUGAACUUUACAACCUGUUUUUGACAAAGUGUAUGUGAUUUACAUUGAUGUCAGGGAUAUCUCUCAUGUGUAGUAGAACCCCAUCGUGAAGAGCGUUGCAGGACUGCUGGCUGUUGAAUGGUCUAGCCGAAGUGUUGCAGAGGUGGUACUAUAUGUGGAGGGAUGAUAAACUUCAUCGCCUCAUUGUGUCACAUCAAGAGAAAUUUGUCUUUUUGCUCAGACAUUUCAAAGAAAUUGAACAAAACCCUCCUCGGCUGGAUUCUGUACUUCUUUGUUUCCUCUAAACAAAGGUCUUACCUUUUUCAACGCUGCCUCUCGGGGGCAGGUCAGGUUUCAAAAAGCCAAAAAGGUUUGUAUGACACAUGUAAUCCUGUAAUUCGUCCGUCUUUGUCUCAAAGGAGGGAUUUUGCUCAAAUUUGAAAAAGCCACUGUGGUCUAGACUGUCGCCAGCUGCCAAUGAUGUCAACCCUGUUUAUACUGUGUUUGUAAAUCUGUCACUUUUAGUAAAGAAAAGAUGUUUAAAUUCAAUUCAGAUGUGCUGAUAUAUGGGUGUAUGAUCACAUGCCAACAUCGAGGUACUCGGUUAGAAACCUACUGGAAGCCUUACUGGCUUAGAACAAGGGCCGGACACAGUUCACUUUUUGACAAUAAGGAAGGGAUAAGAAGACUCUCUCUACAGCUGGCCUGACAUGAAAGAGAGAACACCUUGAGUUCUAUAAAGAACGUCUUUGUCAUUAUUUUUACAUGUGUGUAUCUUAAAGGGAUGAGGGUUUUAAAUACCAUGCACUGAGAAGGACAGAACAGUGAUAUCUGAGAUUUUUUUGGUUUGUUUACUUCAGACAUUCCUAAUGAAUAUAUUGUCAGGGGUUAAAAAAGGGUGUCAUCUUUUCUCAGACCCUUUUUUGUUAUCAGAGGAAUAAAAGUUAUAGUUGGAAGACUUCUGUUGCGCUGGAUGCAGAAAACAGAUUUUGCAAUUCAAUACAAGCUGCUGCUACUUGUUUGGAAAGAACACGUCGGCUGUUUAUAUUUUGAAGAUGUUGGAUUUAACGUCACCGGUAUCAUGAGAUGUGAUGGGAAAAUGUUUAAUCCGGUCUGACAACAUUAAGAGGUGAAAUGAGAACCAAAAACAUUACUAUGUCUGUAUGUUGAAAUAUUCUGGAGCCCCUCGACACACAUAGGAAAGCCAUUGACUGUAGAUCUUCUACUGUACAUGUCAUCUUCUGUCUGUUGCCUGUUUUCAACUACUAUUACUUCUUUUCCAAAUGCUUUAACUGUUUAAAAUGAUUCAAAAUUAAUAAAAAACAGCAAUAUGUAUAGCAGUGUUUGUUAAUUUAAAAGAAUAAUAAUAAAAAAUCAUUUUCAACUUGGAA